GACAACGCAGAGAGUUUAACUAGUUGAAAGGGAGGGAGAAAGAAAGGAAAAAAAACGAUAGAGUGAGGGAGGGAGAGAAAGAGAGGGAGGAAACGAACAGUGUAGUUUGAACCGAGCAUUCCGAAGUCUUUGAGAAAGCUGCACUCGAUUGCAAGGGAGUUUGUAUCACGGCGACACGGAGACCGACGACAGAUCUACCAGUAGUAGUUAGAGACCGAUAAAAGCGUCUGCAUCAUCUUCGCAGCCACCAUGACAGAUGCUGACAAGUUCCUGUAUGUGGACCGCAACAUGGUCAACAACCCCCUGGCCCAGGCUGACUGGGCCACCAAGAAGCUGGUGUGGGUGCCGUCGGAGCGCCUGGGCUUUGAGGCCGGCUCUGUGAAGGAGGAGCGGGGCGACGACUGCACCGUGGAGCUGGCCGACUCCGGGAAGAAGGUGAAGGUGAACAAGGACGACAUCCAGAAGAUGAACCCGCCCAAGUUCAGCAAGGUGGAGGACAUGGCCGAGCUCACCUGCCUGAACGAAGCGUCCGUCCUGCACAACCUGAAGGAGAGAUACUACUCUGGACUCAUUUACACGUACUCUGGGCUGUUCUGUGUGGUGAUCAACCCCUACAAGAACCUGCCCAUCUACUCUGAGGAGAUCGUGGAGAUGUACAAGGGCAAGAAGAGGCACGAGAUGCCCCCCCACAUCUACGCCAUCACCGACACGGCCUACAGGAGCAUGAUGCAAGACCGUGAAGAUCAGUCCAUCCUCUGCACGGGGGAGUCUGGAGCAGGGAAGACUGAGAACACAAAGAAGGUGAUCCAGUACCUGGCCCAUGUGGCCUCCUCCCACAAGACCAAGAAAGACCAGAACAGCUCGUUCCUGUCACAUGGGGAGCUGGAGAAGCAGUUGCUGCAGGCUAACCCCAUCCUGGAGGCGUUCGGGAACGCGAAGACCGUCAAGAACGACAACUCCUCUCGCUUUGGAAAGUUCAUCAGGAUCAACUUUGAUGUGAACGGAUACAUCGUUGGAGCCAACAUCGAGACCUACCUGCUGGAGAAGUCUCGUGCCAUCAGACAGGCCAAAGACGAGAGGGCCUUCCACAUCUUCUACUACAUGCUGACUGGAGCUGGAGACAAGCUACGCUCGGAGCUGUGUCUGGAGAGCUACAGCAGCUACCGCUUCAUGUCCAACGGGAACCUGACCAUCCCUGGCCAGCAGGACAAGGAUCUCUUCACUGAGACCACCGAUGCCAUGACCAUCAUGGGGGAUACCGAGGAUGAGCAGAUAGGGAUGCUGAAGGUGGUGUCCUCGGUGCUCCAGCUGGGGAACAUGAGCUUCAAGAAGGAACGCCACUCUGACCAGGCCUCCAUGCCCGACGACACAGCUGCCCAGAAGGUGUGCCACCUGAUGGGGAUGAGUGUGACAGACUUCACCCGGGCCAUCCUGUCCCCCAGGAUCAAGGUUGGUCGUGACUACGUCCAGAAGGCCCAGACCCAGGAGCAGGCAGAGUUUGCGGUGGAGGCGCUGGCCAAGGCCACGUAUGAGAGGAUGUUCCGCUGGCUGGUCAUGAGGAUCAACAAGGCUCUGGACAAGACCAAGAGACAAGGAGCCUCCUUCAUCGGCAUCCUGGACAUCGCUGGCUUUGAGAUCUUCGAUCUGAACUCAUUUGAGCAGAUGUGCAUCAACUACACCAACGAGAAGCUCCAGCAGCUGUUCAACCACACCAUGUUCAUCCUGGAGCAGGAGGAGUACCAGAGGGAGGGCAUCGAGUGGAGCUUCAUCGACUUUGGUCUGGACCUGCAGCCCUGCAUCGACCUCAUCGAGAAACCUGCCAGCCCCCCAGGUAUCCUGGCUCUGCUGGAUGAGGAGUGCUGGUUCCCCAAAGCCACAGAUAAGAGCUUUGUGGAGAAGGUUCUCCAGGAACAGGGAACACACCCCAAGUUCCACAAGCCCAAGAAACUGAAGGACGAGGCUGACUUCUGCAUCCUGCACUACGCUGGGAAGGUGGAUUACAAGGCAGAUGAGUGGCUGAUGAAGAACAUGGACCCUCUAAACGACAACGUGGCCACACUGCUCAACCAAUCAACAGACAAGUUUGUUUCUGAGCUCUGGAAGGACGUGGACCGGAUCGUGGGUCUGGACAAGGUGGCGGGCAUGUCGGAGAUGCCGGGAGCGUUUAAGACUCGUAAGGGCAUGUUCCGCACGGUGGGCCAGCUGUACAAGGAGCAGCUGUCCAAGCUGAUGGCCACGCUCAGGAACACCAACCCCAACUUCGUCCGCUGCAUCAUCCCCAACCACGAGAAGAAGGCUGGGAAGCUGGAACCCUACCUGGUGCUGGACCAACUGAGGUGUAACGGGGUGCUGGAGGGCAUCAGGAUCUGCAGGCAGGGCUUCCCCAACCGCAUCGUGUUCCAGGAGUUCAGACAGAGGUAUGAGAUCCUGACCCCCAACUCCAUCCCCAAAGGCUUCAUGGACGGCAAGCAGGCCUGCGUGCUCAUGAUCAAAACCCUGGAGCUGGAUCCUAACCUGUACCGGAUCGGCCAGAGCAAGGUGUUCUUCCGGGCCGGAGUCCUGGCUCACCUGGAGGAGGAGAGGGACAUGAAGAUAACUGACGUCAUCAUCAGCUUCCAGGCCUGGUGCCGAGGAUACGUGGCUCGCAAGGCCUUCACUAAGAGGCAGCAGCAGCUGACAGCCAUGAAGGUGAUCCAGAGGAACUGUGCUGCCUACCUCAAACUGAGGAACUGGCAGUGGUGGAGGCUGUUCACCAAGGUGAAGCCCCUGCUGCAGGUGAGCAGGCAGGAGGAGGAGAUGCAGGCCAAGGACGAGGAGCUGAUGAAGGUGAAGGAGAAACAGAUGUAUGUGGAGGAGCAGAUGCAGGAGAUGCAGAACAAGCAGCAGCAGCUGAGCGUGGAGAAGCAGGCGCUACAGGAGCAGCUGCAGGCGGAGACGGAGCUGUGUGCAGAGGCGGAGGAGAUGAGGGCGCGGCUGGCUGCUAAGAAGCAGGAGCUGGAGGAGAUCCUGCACGACCUGGAGGCCCGGGUGGAGGAGGAGGAGGAGCGAGCCACACAUCUGCAGGCCGAGAAGAAGAAGAUGCAGCAGAACAUCACCGACCUGGAGCAGCAGCUGGAUGAGGAGGAGGCAGCGCGUCAGAGGCUGCAGCUGGAGAAGGUAACCAUGGAGGCCAAGAUGAAGAAGGUGGAGGAAGACGUCAUGGUGCUGGACGACCAGAACAACAAGCUGAUGAAGGAGAAGAAGCUGAUGGACGAGAGGAUCUCUGAGUUCACCACCAACCUGGCGGAGGAGGAGGAGAAGAGCAAGAGUCUGCAGAAGUUAAAGAACAAACACGAGGCCAUGAUCACCGACCUGGAGGACCGUCUGCGGAGGGAGGAGAAGCAGCGACAGGAACUGGAGAAGAACCGGCGCAAGCUGGAGGGAGACUCCACCGAGCUGACCGACCAGAUCUCAGAGCUGCAGGCCCAGAUAGCAGAGCUACGCGCCCAGCUGGCCAAGAAGGAGGAGGAGCUGCAGGCUGCGCUCGCCAGGAUGGAGGAGGAGGCAGCCCAGAAGAACCUGGCCCAGAAGAAGAUCCGGGAGCUGGAGGCUCAGCUGUCAGAGCUGCAGGAGGAUCUGGAGCUGGAGCGGGCGGCACGCUCCAAGGCUGAGAAACACCGCAGGGACCUGGGGGAGGAGCUGGAGGCCCUGAAGACUGAGCUGGAGGACACUCUGGACUCCACCGCCGCUCAGCAGGAGCUCAGGACCAAGAGGGAAACAGAGGUGACCCAGCUGAAGAAGGCGCUGGAAGAUGAGGUCAGACUUCAUGAGCAGCAGGUCCAGGAGAUGAGACAGAAGCAUGGCCAGGCCUUCGACGAGCUCAACGAGCAGCUGGAGCAGGCCAAGAGGAACAAGGUGUCUGUGGAUAAGACGAAGCAGGCCCUGGAGAGCGAGCGGAACGAGCUGGCCAUCGAGAUGCAGAGCCUGCUCCAGGGGAAGGGCGACUCCGAGCAGCGCAGGAAGAAGGCAGAGUCCCAGGUCACUGAGCUGCAGGUUAAACAUGCGGAGAGCGACAGGCAGCGGGCAGAGCUGGCCGACAGAGUCGCCAAGAUGCAGGCUGAGCUGGAGAACGUGAACGGGCUUCUGAGCGAGGUGGAGGGCAAGUCCAUCAAGGCCAGCAAGGACUGCUCUACUGUCGAGUCCCAGCUCCAGGACGUCCAGGAGCUGCUGGGGGAGGAGACGCGGCAGAAGCUGUCCCUGGGGACCCGCCUGCGGCAGCUGGAGGAGGAGCAGGGCGUGCUGAGGGAGCAGAUGGAGGAGGAGGAAGAGGCCAAGAGGAACGUGGAGAGACAGCUGCUGACCGUACAGGCUCAGCUGGUUGACAUGAAGAAGAAGGCAGAGCUGGAGGCGGGAUGUCUGGAGAGUGCGGAGGAGGGCAGGAAGCGUGUGCAGAGAGACCUGGAGGGCGUGGCCCAGCGCCUGGAGGAGAGGAACGCAGCCUUUGAGAAGCUGGACAAGACCAAGACCCGCCUCCAGCAGGAACUGGACGAUCUGCUGGUGGACCAGGACCAUCUGAGACAGAUCGUGUCCAACCUGGAGAAGAAGCAGAAGAAGUUUGAUCAGAUGCUGGCGGAGGAGAAGAGCGUGUCGGCGCGCUAUGCGGAGGAGCGUGACCGUGCGGAGGCAGAGGCGAGGGAGAAGGACACCCGGGCACUGGCCCUGGCCCGCCAGCUGGACAGCCUGAUGGAGGUGAAGGAGGAGCUGGACCGCUCCAACAAGCUGCUCCGGGCAGAAAUGGAGGACCUGGUCUCCUCCAAGGAUGACGUGGGCAAGAACGUCCACGAGCUGGAGAAGUCGAAGCGGGGCAUGGAGCAGCAGCUGGAGGAGAUGAGGGUGCAGCUGGAGGAGCUGGAGGACGAGCUGCAGGCCACGGAGGACGCCAAGCUGCGCCUGGAGGUCAACAUGCAGGCCAUGAAGGCCCAGUACGACCGCGACCUGGCCGGACGCGACGAGAUGGGGGAGGAGAAGAAGAGACAGCUGGUCAAACAGGUGCGGGAGAUGGAGAUGGAGCUGGAGGACGAAAGGAAGCAGCGGUCGGUUGCCAUGGCGGCGCGUAAGAAGCUGGAGCUGGACCUGAAGGAGCUGGAGGCGGCCAUAGACAUGGCUAACAAGGGCAGAGACGAGGCCCUGAAACAGCUGAAGAAGCUGCAGGCCCAGAUGAAGGAGCUCCUGAGAGAGCUGGAGGACACCAGGCAGUCCCGUGACGAGAUUCUGGCCCAGGCCAAAGAGAACGAGAAGAAGAUUAAGAGUAUGGAGGCAGACAUGAUCCAGAUGCAAGAGGAGCUGGCAGCAGCAGAGCGUGUCAAGAGACAGGCGCAGCAGGAGAGAGACGAGCUGCAGGAUGAGAUCAACAACCAGGCCAGCAAGAACUCUCUGAUCGCGGAAGAGAAGAGGAGGCUGGAGGCUCGUAUCGCCCAGCUGGAGGAGGAGCUGGAGGAGGAGCAGUGCAACACUGAGCUGGUCAACGAUAGGCUGAAGAGAGCCAUGCUGCAGACUGACCAGAUGAACGUGGAGCUGACGGCAGAGCGCAGUACCUCCCAGCGCCUGGAGGGGGCACGCUCCCAGCUGGAGCGGCAGAACAAGGAGCUGAAGCUGAAGCUGGGGGAGCUGGAGGGCACCAUCAAGAGCAAGUACAAGGCCUCUAUCUCCGCCCUGGAGGCCAAGAUCGCCCAGCUGGAGGAGCAGCUGGACAUGGAGACCAAGGAGAGGCAGCAGGCCUCCAAGCUGGUGCGCCGUACAGAGAAGAAGCUGAAGGAGGUGAUCCUGCAGGUGGACGACGAGAGACGCAACACCGAACAGUACAAGGACCAGUCAGACAAGCUGAACUCGCGUAUGAAGCAGCUUAAGAGGCAGCUAGAGGAGGCUGAGGAGGAGGCUCAGAGAGCCAACGCCAACCGCAGGAAGCUGCAGCGGGAGCUGGAGGACGCCACCGAGUCUGCCGACGCCAUGAACCGAGAAGUCAGCACCCUGAAGAGCAAGCUCAGGCGUGGGGACCUCCCCUUCACCAUGCGCCGCAUCGUGAGCCGUGCAGGCAUCGACAGCGAUGAGGAGAGCGAGCCCAAGAGCGACACUCCCGAGCCCAAGCCUGAGUGAUCGCAGCCUGCCCCUGCUGGCCGGAGGACCAACUACAGCAGGACCACGCUUCCACACACACGCUACCACAUUCUCACACAUACACUCUACACUUGCGGAGGGACUUAAACAUCAUAUUACUGUAUCAAUAAGAGAGAUAACAGGCUGUACAGCAUCUCCACCCUCAUGAAUACAUGGACAAUCUACACACUAGUUGGUACCACUUAAAACAUGCAGACAAUCAACUUGUUGACAUACAUGCCACAUACUCAUAUAUACAUACAUAUAUAUAUAUAUAUAUAUAUAUAUAUAUACAAAUGUAUACUACUACUCAUGGGCCAAACCUUUUCAUGCUUUCAUCUUCAUUCUCUGGGAAAAAAAAGAAAAAUGAAUGAUAUUUUAGUAAGGAAACAUUCCAAUGAUAGCCCUGUUUUAAGCGUCUAUUUUUCUAACUAAAGGAAGACAGGAAGGAAGUAGACAUGAAUGAAGAAAAAAUUACUGGAUGGGACCAAAGUAAUAUCGUAAUCUAAAGAUUUGUAUUUUAUUCUGAAGUUUUUAUAAUGAUUAAGUGUUGAUGAUGGACUCUUAUUGUGGCGCUGCCUGGGGCUCCCUGCCAGAGGUCCUGCUCCCUGUGCCUUCCCUGAGACUCCCUAAGACCCUCACCUCACAAGCAGUACACAUGCACACAGUCAGGCAGGUGGAUUGAAGGUUCAUUCUGGUUCUGAAGUGUAUUAUUGUUGUACUGAGAUGUUGACACAUGCCAUGGACCACUGCACACACACAAUUCUGAAGUGAUUACACACACACAAACACACAAUUCUGAAGUGAUUACACACACACAAUUCUGAAGUGAUUACACACACACACACACAAUUCUGAAGUGAUUGCACACACACACACACAAUUCUGAAGUGAUUGCACACACACACACACGAUGCCAAAACUUCCGAAGGCCUUCCUCAGCUGUUAAAGGGUGCGGCUGGUCAGGGUUGGGGUUAGGGUUAGGGUUAGGGGCUGUUAUUUGCUUGUUUUCUGGAUUCAUGUUUGGAUCUGUUAUUGUGGUUGUUCAUGUCUGCACAAGGCACUGCUGAGAGGAGCUGGUGCCAUUUCAACACACACUGUUAACUCAACACACACUGUUAACUCAACACACACUCGACUCAGCACAGCUGGGAGGUAGAGGAAGUGUUGCUACUAAACUUCCUCCCUCCUGACAGGCUCCAUGUACGUCAGGCUGUAGGAGAGAGGGAGACACUGCAGACUAGGUGUGUGUGCGUGUGUGUGCGCGAGCCCUCUACAGACUGUGCUGCUGCAUGUGUUGGAGAAUGUUGUUCAUCAUAGAUUAAUAGAAGAAGGAUCUCGCCACCUCUGUCCACCUGUCUUUAUCUCUUUCUUUCUCGCACUUGGAAGUAAAACUGAAAAAAAGAAAAGACAAAGAAAAAAAUCUUUACAUUUUGUACUGUUUCUUUUCUCGUCUGGAAAGUGACAUCUUGAGAGAUGUUGUGAAAUGUUGGAAUUAUUGCAAUAAAAGAUGCUUUCUAAACUGCUA